GUUCCAGAGCAGGACGCGUCGCCACGUUAUACGUAUUAAGCUGCCGCGCGCGGGGAGCGGUUCGGCAUGAAUGGUGUGCAAGUGACUCCGGAGAGCGAGGGGUUUUCCCCUCCCCAAGAUGCGCCGCUGCCGGCCCAGGACGCGGCGCAGGUCCAGCUCCUGAUCUCGGUUGCAGUGGCCGUGUUUGUCGUCUUGGUUCUGGUGAUUUGGAAAGUUUUCCAAGCAAGAAAGAGCAGUCGGAGAGCAGUGCUUCUGCUUGGUCUGUGUGACUCAGGAAAAACUCUUCUGUUUGUUAGGCUCCUAACAGGAAAUUUCCGAAAUACUCAGACUUCCAUAACUGAAAGUUCUGCCUUGUACAGAAUAAAAAAUGACAAGAAUAGGAAUGUGACUUUAAUUGACCUUCCUGGCCAUGAGAGCUUGAGGCUUCAGUUCUUGGAUAGGUUCAAGGCUGCGGCUAGGGCAAUUGUGUUUGCUGUGGAUAGUGUAGCUUUCCAACGGGAGAUGAAAGAUGUGGCAGAAUUUUUGUACCAGCUCCUGACUGACAACACGAUUCUGAAAAAUGCACCUCCCCUCUUAAUAGUCUGCAACAAGCAAGAUGUCACAAUGGCAAAAUCCUCCAAGCUCAUACAGCAGCAGCUAGAAAGAGAACUCAAUACCUUACGAGUGACGCUCUCCGCUGCCCCAAGUACCAUGGAUAGUUCAAGCUCAGGAUCUGUCAUUCAGCUUGGGAAGAAGGGGAAGGAGUUUGACUUCUCUCAGUUGCCCAUGAAAGUUGAAUUUAUUGAGUGUAGUGCCAGAGGAAACAAGGCAGAGGAGGGUAGUGCUGACAUUGAUGACUUGGAAAAAUGGCUAGCAAAAAUUGCCUGAGUGUAGGAAGGUGGCAAAGACAGCCCCUAGGAAGAGUACGAAUUGGAAUGAUGCAUACAGCCUAAUAGAGCAAGAAUUUGAGUUUUAAACAGCAGUUUGGCUAGGAAAAGAGUGACACUUGAAACUAGCAGUGGUGAGAACAUUCAGUGUCUUGCUCAGGAAAGUUUUUACUUUCUAAUCAUUGUUAACAGAAAGGCUCUGCCGAAGCAUCCUUGUCCUUUAAACACAGCAAAGUGUAGUUCCUUUUCUGCAUUGCAUUCUCAUGGUUGUGGGUAAUUUUCCUACUCUUAUCUUAGGAAAAAACCCUUUGAAAGGGGGAAUCCUGUGUUACACAAAAGUCCCAAGAUGAAAAAGGAGCAUUUCUAGAUAUUAUUCCUAAGAUUCAAAUUCCUUUGCUUCUGCUUUCCUUCCAUUAGUCUUCUCAUCUGAAAUACUUGUGUUCCAUGGCCACUUGUUAUUCACAUUACUUUAGUCUCUGAUUCUCUAGAAAGCAUUACAGCACUCUGGAAUGAGUGGAAUUUACUAUUCUAACGAUAGUAGUGUGACUCCUUAUGAUAGAAAUAGGUAGCUACUUCCAAUAGUCUGUGCAACGCCUAGCAGUGUAGCCCUCCUGUCACUUGAUAUAUGUUGCUUUGCUUCUACAGACUGAUUGAAUAGUUGGUACAGAAGAUUAGGAAAUCUCAAAUAAUUGAAGAAUCCUCCCUCCCUCCCUCCUUCCCUUGGUAUUACAGUAUUUAAAAUGUGCUUCUGAUAGACACUUCCCUAUUCUAUGUCUGAUACACAUUUGGUUGGAUUGCUAACUUCUUAGCAAAUGCUAAAUUAUAUAGAAACUUCAAGAAAAGAGAGUGCCAGGAAUAUAAAUCUACUAAAAUGUAACAUGCUCUCUUCUGAGCAUAUUACAUUUUAGUGGAUUUAAAACUUCGCUUAGUGCUUUAAGACAUGUCAUUCCAUCAGCUCUUGGAAGAUGUUUCUCCUGUACAAUGUUCAUAUCAAGAGAAGGAGUAACCAUUUGAACUGUGUAUCUGUGGUUGUCUAUCAAACAAGAUGUAACUGUUCUCAGUAAUAUUCUUGUUUAACAGUGUAUUUUAUAUGCCAUACGUUUUACAGCAGAAAUAGGUUACUUAGAAUUUUUUUAGUAUGUCACAAGCUGGACUUAAGACUUUUUCUAUAUGAGUUGCAUUUCCCAAAAGCAUUAUUGUAAAAAAGUGGUCCAAGUAAAGAAAACCCAUUCAAUUACUGCUUUAUAAUACUUGCUUAUCACAUAUCUCCCCUGACCCAUACCUGUUACUAAAGACAAAGUUCUGUUAAAAUAUUUUUCUUAAAUAGUAUGAAUUUGUCCCUAAGAUUAUGUACAUCCCACAAAAAUCUGUUCAAUAUUAGUAGCUUUAUGCUUUGCUCCAAAUUACAGACUCAGAAUUAGCUUUUUGUGCAUGAGUAAGUAAAUUGGGUGACUUGGCAGUAGAACAUCAGUCAUGCUUCUAAAAUAUGUUUGAGCUUAGGAAUAGAGUUGUGCUGUCUUGCUUUGAACCUUAUUUUUAUUUAUGCCUCUUGCCAAAUCCAGAAUAAAAGUGGUAAAAGAAUCAGACCAUGAGUACUAUGCUUGCCAUGAGUACUAUGCUUGCUCAAGUUGCCUUUGAACAAGAUGCAAAGAUGUAGGAACCCACAAGUUUUACAUUAUUAUUUAUCUGUGUCUAUAAAUAAAGAUAGAAUAUUUGCCUAAUGUUCCUCUAAUUUUCCCAGUCAUUAAUAUUUUCUUUAAAUAGAAUGUGUGAAUGCAUUGUAUCAGAGUGCAUUUUUAAACAAUAUUUUUUGCUUGUGAAAGUCUUAUUACUCUUGCUACAAAAUUGUAUAGAGUUAAAAGAUGUGUUAUUUUAACAGGUGUUACUGUACAUUUUUUUUUUGUAUUCCAGUUCUAAAUUGUAUUUGGGGUGGGAGGGUGGGGGGAAGCUACGCUGAUGUAGAGUAUUUCUUGCAGGGUGUAAAUGUUAAUUCCUGGAGCAAUGUCAAAUUACAGUAUAUAAAGAAGUAUAUCACAGUUGUAACAUUAAAAAUCUGUCUACUGCAGGAUGUUUGGUUUAAUACAAACCCUUCAAGUUAGCAAAAUGCUGGACUAAAUAUGUGAAUACAGGGACUGUAGAAGUAGCAAUAAAAAUACUUUAUAUAUUUUUAAUGUGAAUAUACACAGACUGAAUUAUAAGGCACAGAUAUGUGGAAACAGCACCUUAGGGUUGCUGUUAAUAAAAAUGAAAGAUGUUGUCAGUUUCUGUAUUAUUCUGAAUAAAGGCAACCAUUUAUGUAUGUCAUUAA